AUGACGUCACGACUCACCUGUGGGUGGGUGUAGGAUCUGGGAUUAGCUGUAGCCACAGUUAAUAGCCAAACAUUGGAAACUCACGGCAACACAAUGCUAACAAGAGAUAAGUUUUACAAAAAAAAGGAGACGACGCGAGUGAGCCGAGUUGCGUUGUUCGGUUGAGGCAUCCGACUUCAGGUUGGCAAAGUUUGGUGUUUCUUGGAAGUCACCUGGUAAUCUGUGGGCGGUCGAAAUCCGUCUUUCUUUCUCUGUUUGAAGCGCUAGCAGAAGUUUUCUCUGUGAGACUUCCGCGGUUUGCUCGCCGAACAAGUUAUCUGGGAUAAAAGGCAACCACAAGCGUUUCCUCUUAUGCGGUCCCAGGUAUUCUGAGCCAUGCCUGGCCACAGCACAGGGGCUCCCCAGGCGUCCUGCCACCACAAACACCACAGCUCCAGAGCAGGAAAGUACAGACCUGCUCGGACUAUAUCCAAGGAGAGCGCGGCCAGCCAAGACUCCUACAAGGAUCCUCGUGGGGAGCAUUUACAUGAGCACCACACUGACCACUUACGGUACUCGGAAUGCAAGAAUGGUCGCAGCAGAGGCCACCCACGUAAUGGCACGGGUCGGGGCUCUGAGACUAUAGGAUUUAUUCCUGGCUCCGCAGACAGUACGCCUACCAGCAGACAUGCCUGUGGCUCCUGCGCCUCCGUGGGUUGGAGUGGCUGUAAGGCUCUAAUCUGCUGUGUACUGACCUGUGGAUUUUAUGGCAGCCGAGAGCCCUGCCUGCCUGUUAAUGAGAGCUCCACAGACCAUCCUCCUAAAGCAGGCAGUGAGCCACACCCUCCUAAUGGCAUAGCUGUGACCAGCCCCACUUGUGGCAUGCCUUUGGAGUCCAGCAAGUCUACCAAAGCCUCUAAGUUGACGAGUGACAGCUUCCGCUACCCAGAUGUGCGCAUCGCAGGUCAGACAGUAAGGUAUACGGUUGCUGCCCCCAAACGAACCCGUACACCCGGCAAGGGGGAAAGCCAGCGGCCUGUCAGCAACACCAGCCUGUUAUCCCGUGAGGACUAUGACUUAGAUGACCUGGGUGACACAGGCACAGACAUUGACUCUCUUAUCACCAAGAAGCUGCUGGAGCUUUACGCCCUGCACCAGAUUGACCAGCUGGCCAAGUGCACCUCUGACUCCUCUUUCUCCCGCAAGACCAACGAGAUCAGCGAGCUCAUCUACAGCAUUGCUCAGGACUACAACCUGGAGGAGCAGGAGGCAGAGUGCAAGCUGGUGCACGGAGUCAUCCGCAUCAGCACGCGAAAGGGCAAGAGAAAUAAGAGCCAUCAGUCUACAGGACAGCGUACUAAUGGGAGGAGUGACGGGACUCUCCCUGACAGUGGCCACGAGACCAUGACCAACACUUUGAGCAGUGACUUUCCAGAGGUGAAAGUGUCGGAGCAAACGCCGUCUGAUGAGCUGGCGAGGAAAAUGAGACCUUACAGCGGGAGAACUUACUCCUCCAGCACCACCACACCCUACACGCCCUACCAUGACACCGAAACGGACUCUUCAGGCGCUCCUCUUCUUCUCUGAAGGGAGACACAGACACACAAGUACCUGAACUGACAAGUGAUGUAGCCAAUGGACAAUGUUACCCUCCUGCUGUCAUUUUUGCUGUUGUUGCUGUUACUGAGUGGAGCACCUUUUACCCUGGGGUAGUGGAAUUUCUGCUCUUAAGUGGUCUCGCUAAUAUUUGCUAUUGGAGUGUCAUUUAUAUUCAUGGACCUUUUUUUUUUUU